AUGGCAGAAGUCGCAGUUAACGAUCAUCCCGACUUGGUUGUUGGCAUUGACUUUGGUCAGACUUGUACAGGAGUGGCGUAUGCCUUACCGAAGAAUGGUGGUAACAUCCGCUGGAUCCAGAAAUGGCCAGGAAGGGCGCAGGCGAAUGAGAAUAAGGUCCCUACUGUUCUAGUAUACCCUCACGAACACGAUCGACCAUCAUCAUGGGGCUUCCGCUCUAUUCAAAACAAAGCAGAGCAGAAUCCUCUUCACGGUAACGUUCGCGAAUGGUUCAAGACCUCUCUUGAUCCAGCCAACAUCGCCACCAUGCGCAAGCGUGACCCGACAGAUACGACGGCUCAUGAAGAUGUCCGACAUUGGUAUCGUGACUUCUUCACUCUACUCUACGAGCAUGUCGAGCAAAAGCUAUCUCAGGAGCUGCCGAACUUCGAGUGGAGCGCAGCCAAUAUUGAGUUUUUAUUCAGCAUGCCGACCACUUGGAAUCAUCAGAUCGUGGAGAUGUUCCGAGAGAUUGUGGGCCAAGCAGGGUUUGGAGGUCCAGCCAAUGCGCAACAUACUGUCACAAUGAGUCUGACUGAGGCUGAAGCUGCGGCUGUACAUGUGUCCACAGAGGCCGCUGGUGUCUUUCAAGAGGGUGAUAUACUCGUGGUCUGCGAUGCUGGCGGAGGCACAACGGACUUGUCUGCUCUAGAGGUGACCCACACCAUGGUAGACGCACUUUCGUUGAAACAGCUGCGGCAGAUAGAUGUCGUUGGGGGUGACAAUAUUGGCUCGGUUGCAAUCGAUAUUGACUUCGAGAGAAAGGUGCGUGCCAGGCUGGACAGGGCAAAUGCGUCAGAAAAGCUCGGGUUCGACUCAGCGGAAGCAGCUUGGGAGAUGGCCAAAGGAAAGGACUUCCAGAACAUGAAGUGCGAGCAUGGCGCACUGUAUGAACCGCCAAGCUUUUCGGUGACAGUGGAGACUGACAACCAGCGUCUUCGCCGCGACUAUGCCAACGAGGAAGCUCGAAUAUACGAAGGCGAGAUGCACUUUGAUAAGGAUGAUCUCCGCGAUCUCUUCGACCGCCAAUGCAAGAAGCUGUUCAGGCUGAUCGACCGGCAGCUACGCAGUCUCUCGGACAAGCUUCCAGAUAGACAGGUCAGCCAUCUUGUCUUGUCUGGAGGUCUUGGCCAGUCUCCGUAUGUGCAGCAGAAGCUGAAAGAGCGUUACCACACAGCUUCUCACUUGCUUGCCAAUACAGACAAGCUCCAGGUCCGUGUCGCGCCAGAUCCACAGUUGGCAGUGUGUAAGGGCCUGGUCGCAGAUCGUCUGCGAAAGCUCAAAGCCGGCGAAAGCGUUCUGGGCUGGCGUUGUUGUCGCGCAUCGUAUGGGCUGAUCUGCAAAGAGAUCUACAGCAAGAAGAAUCCGAAGCACGUGGGACGCAAGACGUCCAUCGACAGCCGCGAUGGGCAGCUUUACGUGCCCGAGUGUAUCGAUUGGUUCGUUGAGAAGGGAUCGCCAGUCUCGAUCGACACACCCAUUGUACACACCUUUCGUCGUAAGAUUGGUCGCGGCGAUCCUCGCAAAGUAUUUCCAACGAAGAUUGUGGUGUCAUACCUGGAAAAGGACCAGCUUCCCUAUCAGUUCGAAGACGGCGUAGAAAAGCUGUGUGAAGUCGAGUCGGAUCUCUCUGUGGCCGACGAGACUCGCUUCGUUGAGAAGAACAGACGAUUCUGGCAAGCUGGGGAGCCAUAUCUUGAAGUUGAGUUCCAGGUAAAAGUGGUCAUCGGUCCCGCUGAUCUUCGAUUUGAGCUUUGGUUUGGCGAUCAAAAGAUGAGCCGGGAGAACUCCAUCAAAGUCGAAUGGGCACCGUCGACUGCACCUUCCACGGCUGCAUUGCCGCCAUCCUUGCCUGCUGCCGAGCUGGAGGACAGCGUGUGGGUUAUCAAAGAGGAGAAAUCCAGUUUCUCAUUGAGACGAUUGUUCAGUGGUGGAAAUGGCUCGAACAACAGCACUCCGCCUCUUCCACAGGGCGUGAAUGGUAGUAACCCGUCUUUUGGGUUUAGCAAGCAGAGUCUGCCUCGAUGA